CAGUGCAAGCAAAUCUCUGAAAAUCCAGGUACAAUAAGGGAUUAGCCAUUUUACUUAAUCAAGGCUUCUUCUCUGGUUUUGCUUUAGCAGAACUCACUGAGUGAGUUCAUUUCCAUCUUAAUGAAUUCGUAUCUUUCUGUCAAUUUAAUGGGUUUUAUUUUGUUGCUUUGAUUUCGAAAGUUGGUCAAAUUGGAAUUUCAAAUUUCAUACAGAAGUAAACCAUUCAGGUUAACCUUUAAUUUUAUAUGUUGUGGCAUUGGCGAACUCAGUAAGCUUUGUUUUCAAUAAUGGAUGCAAAAGCAUUAGCAAAAUCAAAGAGGGCUCACUCGCUACAACAUAGCAAAAAGCCCCAUUCUGCUCAAAAAUCUAAAGCCCCGGCUGGAGGUGCUAACGAUGCUGGAACUGGAAAUAAGGCAUUGGGGAAGCAAGCUAAGGAGAAAGCUCGCCAGUCUGGUCUCCCUUCGAAUUGGGAUCGUUAUGAGGAAGAAUUUGAUUCAGGUUCUCAAGACCCAUCUGGGGAUACAACAAAUAAAGCCUCUGAUGUUAUUUUGCCCAAGAGUAAAGGUGCAGACUACCGUUACCUGCUUGCUGAAUAUCAGACUCAGUGCCAGUCGGAUUGUUACUUGGAUACCGUUCCUUCACUGGAUGAUAUUUUGCCUGGGGACUUUAAACUUGGAUUAGAGUCAAUGCUUUCAGUCAGGGGAAAGAGCAUUCAAUCAUGGAUUGGGGAUGAUAAUUUUGUUGUAGAGGAAACAGCUGUGAGCCCUGAGGUACCAUUUCUCUCCUUGAAUUUGAAUGCUCUUGCGGAACAACUAGCGAAAGUAGACAUUUCAGAGAGGCUCUUCAUUGAAGCAGACCUAUUACCACUGCAGCUGACUGGUGAUGGAUCAAAGCCAUGCAGCAGCCUGGAGUCAGAUCAAAUGCAAACAAGUGAAACUGAAGCAACAGCAACAUUCUCUGAAGAACCGACGCUAAAAGAUUUUUCCAAGAUGAAUAAGGUUGCAAACGAGAAUAUUGAGAUUACAUCAUCAGGAUCCAUUGUCAAUGGCCAUUUGAACGUGAAUUCAUUUAACCAAGGAUUUGAUUUAUUAAAUCAGACUAGGACUGAUCGAAAUUCAAGUCAAGACAGCAAACACAGUCAAAGCAGAGCUUUGGAGUGCCCAACAGAAUUCAACAUGAGUUCGGUUUCAGAACCCAAGAAGAAACGAUCCACAUUCGAGGCAUCAACUGCCGAGGCAGAACUGGAUAUGCUUCUUGACUCAUUUAGUGAGACAAAGCUGCUUGAUUCUUCUGGAUUCAUGUCUGCUACUAUUCCUGUGAAACAAAAAGAGGCCCCUGCACCUCUGCCACAACUCGCAAGAAAUACCCCGAGUUCUGCAAAAUCAAGGCCCAUUGCUGCAAAACUAGAUGAUGUACUGGAUGACUUACUUGAGGAAACGUCCAUUUUGACAGACAAAAACGGUUCAUAUCAGCUGACUAAGGUAACAGCUGCCCACGAUGAAAUUCAAUCGUCUUCCUCUCAGCCUGCAACUAAGUCAAAAGUUUUGGAUGAUUUUGAUUCAUGGUUAGAUACAAUUUGAAUCUUUGUAAGCAAAAACACCCCACUUGCGCAUCCUUAUUUGUUGUGUUUGAUGCUCUAUACGAGGAAUUAAACCACUGAAUUAAAGCUUAUUGGUAUACUUUUUUUCCCCAUUAUGAGGAUGCAUAUCA